AAAAAACCUAAUUGUGCUAGACUAAGAAAAAGAAUGGUUUCUUCCCUGCCUAUCUCACAAACUAAUUAUUCCAUCUUGAGCUUAAAGAAUCCAACUCGUAUUUUCACGAGAUGCGGUUCCUCCUCCAGCUCCUUAUCAAGACCAUUGAUCCAAUUAAUCUCCAUUAAAGCUGUUAAUUACCCUUCUUAUAGCAGUCAUGGCCUUGAAAACAAAAAUCGAAUUCGUUGUUUCGCGUCUAGUUGGACUUCAACAACGUCAACCUUAAGCUCCUCAAAAGUUGUCCCCCUCACGGAUAAACCUAAACCUGGACAACUUGAGGAAUAUGUAGAAGUUCGAGACCAACUUAUGGCUUCUUGGAUUGAUUCCUUGCCGGAGAAGAUACGCCCGUACGCGUAUCUAAUCCGGUUGGACAGGCCAAUUGGAACUAUCAUGUGUGCAUGGCCAAGUAUGUGGGCGCUGGCACUCGCCGCGGCGCCGGGAUCAUUGCCGGAUUGGAAGAUGUUGGCAUUCUUCUACUUUGUGUCUUUCUGGUAUAGAAGUCUCGGGUGCACCAUCAACGAUUAUUUGGACAAGGACUUGGAUGCACAGGUGGAGCGUACAAAACGAAGGCCAAUUGCAUCUGGGGCCAUUUCUGGAGUUCAAGCAAUGGCAUUCCUGGCUGUUCAAGUGAUACUCGGUUAUGCUAUGCUUUUCCCCGUAAACCAAUUAAGCCGGCUAUUAUGGGUUUCUUCAAUGCCAUUGUUGUUUACGUAUCCGUUGAUGAAGAGAAUACUACCUUGGCCUAGCCUCCAUUUUGGCUUCACUGUCAACUGGGGAGUUUUGUACUCUUGGGCUGCUGUUAAAGGAACUCUACAUCCCAGCAUUGUUUUUCCGCUCCUCAUGAGUUGCUUCUUCUGGACUCUUGAAGCUGAUGCACUCUAUGUUCACCAGGAUAAAGCAGAUGACUUGAAAGCUGGAGUCAAAUCUGCAGCGUUGCUUUUGGGAGAUUCAACAAAGCCGUGGAUAAGUAUUUGUGCAGUGGCAUCGGUUGCUAGUUUAGCACUAAGUGUAUUCAAUGCAAAUAUUGGGUGGCCGUUUUAUGUACUAAUGGUUCCUGCCGUUGCUCAAAUGGCUUGGCAAAUUUAUGCAGUUGACCUAGACAAUCCUACAGAUUGUGGUCUGAAAUCACAAUUUGCUGAAACAUGGGUUGGUCAAACACCUCUUCCCUGA